CUUCUCCGCGAGAAAAUAAAAGAAGAAAAGGAACUUCUGGUUUCGAUUAGCAAAUGAAACUUGUCAUGGCCCAGUUUCUCACCAGAUUUACCUUCUUUUCGAUAUUAAUUGUUUCCAGCUUUUGUUCAGUUAGUGCAAUUGGUGAGGAGGAGACAACUUUAGGUAUAAUAAAGCCAGAUGGAAUGUCGGGUAACUAUACUGACAAAAUAAAACAAGUAAUUCUGGAAUCGGGUUUCGAAAUCAGUAAGGAAAUGGUGAUUCAACUUGAUGAAGAAACCGCAGCUAAUUUUUAUGCAGAGCACUCUUCCAAGAGCUUCUUUACUAAUCUUAUAAGAUACAUGACUAGUGGUCCGGUGUUGGUUAUGGUUUUGGAGAAGGAAGAUGCCAUUGCUCAUUGGCGAGAUUUGAUUGGACCCACCGAUGCUGGCAAGGCCAAAAUUUCUCACCCUCAUAGCAUUAGAGCAAUGUGUGGUAAGCAAGUAUAA